GGCAGCCCCACUCUCGGACUCCGAGCAAAGCACUGACAACAGCGUUGGGGAAAGUCAGAGAAAACUGGUUUGAUGAGAACAGAGCUCACGGAGGCGAUCUGGAGUCAAUUGUUCAAGGUCUAAAACAAGAUGUAUCAAAUGCAGGUUGUAACAGUGAACAUGAUGGUGUGACAAAUAACAACUUAUAUGAAGGCGAACAGCAAGGAAACACCAAUGGAAAUUCCAUUUGCAUCAGUGGAGGAGAAGGUAGUAUUGGCCAUGAAGAUGAGAGAAAUGAAUUCAGCACCAAUACUGAUAUAAUCAACAGAGAUGUUGAUUUUGUUGAUGCUAGUGAUAAUGAGGACAGAAGAACCAAUGCCAACCUUAACAAUAUCAACAAUAAUGUGGACAACAACAACAACGGAAUAAAUGAAAGAGGAGACACAGCUACAGACAGAAAUAACACCAGAGGGGAGAGCCCUAGUGGUAACUUGGAAGGUGGGGAUUUUGCUGAUGCCACUAAUGGGGUUGAAGAAAGUAAUGUUAAUUCUACAAGUGAAACAGACAUCUCCACGAUUGGUCAAAACGAUGAGCAGUAUAGUGAUGGAGAGAGAGCCUGCACUAGAAAUCAGGUUGAAGAAGUGCAUGAUAACACCACAGAAGACCAGAGCAACCAAGCUGAAAGCCAAAGGGACACAGGUGGAGAUGAACUUGAAAGGAAUGAGCCUGAAGGUGCCACAAGGAAUAUAUCUAUGGAACGGAUAGUCCAUGGAGCAAGUAUAAAUUGGGCAGACAUUAAUGAAGGAGGCAGUGGUAAUGGCAGAGAUCCAUUUGAAGAGGGCUCUGGUGAAGGCUGGGAAAAUGGAAGGUCUGACGGCCAGAACAGAAGUCAUGAUGAUGUUACGCAUGAUGAAGGCACAGGAAUAAUCAAUCCCAGUAGGGGAGGUGAUGGUGAUGGAGGCAGCAUAAAUGCUACUCUCAGCCCCAGCGAGCAAGACAGUUCCGAAGAUCAUGCUAGCACGAUUCCUGAAAUGGGCACAAAUGGAAACUUGAAUGGAACAACUGUGAGCAAUGGCACUACAGAUGACAGCAACAUGAAUGGUGAAGGCAAGAAUGUGUUCCCUGAAAAUGAGAAUGCCACAGGUGGACUUGAUAAUGUGAACAACUCUCAGAAUGCAAGUAGGCCCAGAAGUGAGCCUAGAGGACACUGUGAGAAUGCCAGUGCCAUCAGUGACAACAGUCGGAGUAGCAAUAGCUAUAGUUUUAGUGAUGAGCACAUGCAAGGGGAUGACCCCAACCCAAGCCGUGAGUCUGCAGGCUCUGAGCAGGGUGAGGAGGGUGAGAACAGUAGUCAAGGAGAUCCCUCUAGUGAGCCAAGAAGUGGGGAGAACUCUGAAGGCACUUCUCAGGGGGAUGAAGAAGAAAGUAAUACUGAGAAAGAGCAGUCUGAGAGCAAUGGUGAGGAUAGUGGCAGCCAACCACAGAGCAGGGAGGGUGACAGUCAAUCAGUUAGCAGUGACAGCCAGUCUGAGAGCAGCAGUAGUGAGAGCAGCAGCAGUGAGAGUGAAAGCAGCAGCAGUGAGAAGGGCAGCAGCAGUGUGAGUGACAGCGAAUCUAGUAGCAGCAGCGAGAGUGACAAUGAAUCUAGUAGCAGCAGCGAGAGCAACAGCGAAUCCGAGAGCAGCGGCGAGAGCGACAGCGAAUCCGAGAGCAGCAGUGAGAGCGACAGUGAAUCCGAGAGCAGCGGCGAGAGCGACAGCAAAUCCGAGAGCAGCAGCGAGAGCAACAGCGAAUCCGAGAGCAGCGGUGAGAGCGACAGCGAAUCCAAGAGUAGCAGUGAGAGUGACAGCGAAUCCAAUAGCUCCAACAGCGAAUCCAAUAGCAGUAGUGAAAGUGACAGUGAAUCAGAUAGCAACAGUGAGAGUGAUGCUGGAUCUGCUAGCAGCAGUGAGAGUGGCAGUGAAUCUGAUAGCAGCCGUGAGAGUGAUACUAGUGAAAGUGAGAGCAGCAACAGUGAUCAUGACAGCCAUGCUCCAUCAGACACCAGUGAAAGCAACAGUCAAGCAGGUACCAGUGAAAACGACAGCCACCCAGACACUGACAGUGAAGGAGGUGAUGAACCAACAAGCUAUGAAAGUGAGAGUGAAUCAGCAAAUCAGUCCAACAGCAACAGUGAGAAUGCAUCUGCAAGUGCUGGGGGUGAUUCUGACAGUAACAGCACUGCAGAGACAAUGGAAGCUACGAAUGACUAUGAAUCUGUAUAUAGCCAGGAGAGUGACAGUGAGGUCCAGUCUGAAGUUGCAGACACUGAUAGUGAAUCCGUGAGUGAAGGUAGUGAGAGCAAUUAUUCAACCAGUGAUUAUUAAUCUAAAGUGAGAAGGAACCAAAUUGAUACACCUUCUAGCAAAUGGCAACUAUCGGUAUGGCAAUGACAGAAUGAACAAAGUUACAGAACCAAGGACAGCAGUCCAAAUCAUGCUUAUUUGGAAAUAACAGCCUUUGAAGUCCAUGGGACUUCCAAAUAGGGGUGAAUAGGAACAGGAUGCAAGUCAAACUGGGGAUAUAUUUGGAGAAAAACUGCUAUUCAAAUUAACAGCCUUGAGGCAACAAAACAUGGUGUUCAUGUGUUUUAAAAGGUUAUCAUAUUGUUUCAAUAAAUGACAUCUUCAGACACGAUGAGCGGGUUCACACAUAGUGGGGAACCUGUGGUUUCCACAGCCCAUGUUAUGGUGGGAAUCUGAAGUUGACACCACAGACGGUCACAUAUCUUGGUUUGUUGUAAGUAGCUGAGUUGAGCCAGAGAUAUGCCCCCUGUCUAUACCUCCUAGUGAGGCCCUGGCUGCUAUCCCAGCCUACCUUGUGCCUACUUUCAACUAGCAAGCUUUUCCUAUGAUCUGCUUCGCAACCAUUGGUCCCUAUUGCAAAGGGGACUGUCUUGCCUGAAAUGAACCGGGGAUUAAUGAAGAGUGUGGGUUCAGAUGUUGCACAGAUCUAAGGUGGAGCACUGCUAGGGGUGACAAGUCAACUUCAAUUCUUAGGUUACCCAUCUAGGUUUCCUGCCCCAAGGGAAGAUGUGGUUCCUGCCAUAGGGUGAGUUCACAUGUUUGCAGACAGCUGUGUGAUCAAGACUGCAAACAGGUUCUACACUAUGUGCGAACCCGCCCAAUAAUUAAAAUCCAUGUUCUUGUAUAAAUGUCCAUUCAUCAGAUAAUUUAGGACUGAUUCAGAGUGUGUAUUCAUUACUUGAUUGCAACACUAAGUGAUGACUUGCAUUUGUGAAUGACAGAAUUCCUGGUAAAUACACACUAGUUUGGUUUUCUUUGCUUACUAAUUCAGUCCUAUGGAUCCAAAAUGACGUUCGUCAAAGAUUAUAUAUGACCUGUGUGUAAACUGUAAAAUAAAUUAUUUUUCAUGUU